GCAAGCAUUAGGCAUUUAGGCAUUUAAAUACUCUCGGCCAUCGAACGCCAUGUUUGAGCUUUAACCACGUCUACAUGACAACAGCAUCAUUAUGGCGGAACCAGAAAAACCCAGAAAGCACGAUGUGAUGAUAAGCUACAACUGGGAUAACAAAGAAACCGUUCUGAAAAUACGGGAAAAGCUACGGGAAAAUGGCAUUUCCUGUUGGAUAGACGUGGAGAACAUGUCGGGAUCGACCCUGGAAGCGAUGAGCGCGGCGGUGGAGAACUGUACGAUAUUCCUGAUGUGUUAUUCCGGGAAAUACUCGGAGAGUAACAAUUGUCAGGCAGAAGCGGAAUAUGCCAAACAGAAAGACAAGAUUAUAAUACCAUGUAAAAUGGAGCGAGGAUAUGAAGCCUGCGGGUGGUUGGGCUUUCUUUUAGGCAGCAAACUUUUCUUUGAGUUUUCCGGAAAGUAUCCGUUCGAAAACAAAAUGAAUGACUUGUUACGCGAGAUCAAAGUUCGUCUUAAUAUGGAAACAGAUGACAAACUUUCUACAGAAGUACAAAAGUCUCUACGAACUGGGGAUCGUCCAAUUGCGAAGAACGAAGGAGCGGAUAUUUCCAGAAUUGUGAAGGAAUUUCAGGUACAUGACGUAGAAGGUGCCCGACAUAUUGCUCACUCUCCGCCAGACAAGUUUUGGAUUGGAUACGAAAAGAGUAUUGCAUUAAUUGACAGCGAAGGAAACAAGCUCAGUGAAAUUCAGAGAUACCGGUUUACUUUCGGGGCACAUUCUGUCACAAAGGAGGGACAUCUAGUAUACUUGAGUGGCGUCUCGGUGAAGCGGUACCUCAGUGAAUCGAGCUCAGAGAAUUUCAUCACGGGUACGAACGUUGAUGGCUGGAAGGCACGAAGCAUAUAUGCCAGUCAUCGGACUGGUGACGUCAUCGUUGGACUUCAAAACGAAGGAAAGGGUAUUGGGAAGUUGGCUGUAUACGACAAUAAAGGGACAUACAAGCAGACAAUAGAAAAUGAUGCUAAUGAGAAACCGUUGUACACGUGGCCACGAUACGUCACAGAUAAUAUAAACGGGGACAUCGUGACGUCAGAUUGGUAUGGCGGAAUUGUAGCGACGGACCAAGCUGGGACUCACCGCUUCACGUACAAUCUUUCUAUACCCCGGGCGGUUGUGACAGAUUCUAAUGGCCGUAUAUUUGGUUGCAAUAACACCCCGAAAAUUCAUGUGCUUGACCAGAAUGGCAAGUUUCUGAUGAACAUCCUCACGGGCUCAAAAGAUGUCUUCAGUCUGUACAUCCAUCAAGACACAGAACUCUAUGCUGGAUAUGACUCAGCCAAGAAGAUUGUGGUCUAUAAACUGUAAACAUACGUGUAAGUUUAAUUGAAUUCCAAAUGGAAUUUACAUUAUUUCAUAGCAGAGAAACAAAAUUUUAGAUUGUACAUACUUUUGGUCAAUCUAACAUUACGCUGCUGUAAAUUCAGCUGCAUUCACCGCAAAAAGUUCAUUUACUUGUGGCAAGUAAACUCAAUAUUUAUAAACCA